AUUUACGGGAAGGUGUAGGCUUUACUAAAUGUGCCUCGCUUCAAUAUCGAUUUCAGACAAGUGGUCGAUUGCAUUUUGUAAAACAAACCUUGGCGAUUUCUUCCUAUUGUUUUGUAAGGAGUCUCCGCCGGCGGACAGCGGUUGUCCUUUUGUCUAAGGGGCCGCUUGUCCGGCUGCCUUGUUUAAUGUGCACCAUGCGCUCCUUCUUUGGGCGGCUUUAUAACCCGGAGCGGCGACACAUCGCAACACGUGACGCCAGCUACUAAAGCGACGUUUCGUAAAUAUGCAGCCACACGGACUCGGGGCACCGGCGGCGGCCACAUGCACCGCAGCGCACUUUAUAAAGGACCGCUCUCUGCUUUAUUUCUAUAGUCACAUAUAUGUAUAAAUGACAUUUUAAAAAGACGCCAGAAUACGGCGUUUGUUACAGUAUAAUAAAUUUGCGUUCAUUCUUCUCACGUUUUUACUUUCUUCAUCCUUCGCAAUGAUUACCUACUGAGCACCGAGGUCGGGUUCAUGCCGGACGGUACUUUAUCUGCGGCGCAAGGAUUUUAUUCACCUGGGCAAAUUAUGUGAAGAUUCUCCCGGAAUCAUCUUAGGCAACCUUUCAUCUGCUAGAGGAGGCAGUCAUGAAGUCCGUCCUAGAUGGCGCUGCAGACGCCACUUUUCGGACCAUAACCUCGGGUCUGCAGUACCUUGGUUCCAAUGAUGCUAGUUACGAUGACCCCGCCAUCAACGCCGACUUCGCCAAGAGUCGGUUCUCCUUGCAGAAGCCUCUCUCUGCAUUCCGGGGCAACUCCUUCCCGGUCAAAGUCCCCGAGGAUGAGGAGCUCAUUCUCAGAGGGUUCCCAUUCUACCCGACCAACGUGACCGAGUUGCUCGGCAACCGGAGCACUUUUGGUGAGGAGGGCAGCUCCGUCCAGUGCGGAGAGAACUUCAUGGACAUGGAGUGUUUCAUGAUCCUGACGCCCGGCCAGCAGCUGGCCAUAGCGGUUCUGGCACUGACGCUAGGCACCUUCACGGUGCUGGAGAACCUGGUGGUGCUCUGUGUCAUCCUGCAGUCACGCACCCUUCGCUGCCGCCCUUCCUACCACUUCAUCGGCAGCUUGGCCGUGGCUGACCUGCUGGGCAGUGUGAUCUUCGUCUACAGCUUUCUGGACUUCCACGUGUUCCACCGGAAGGACAGUCCCAACGUUUUCCUCUUCAAGCUGGGCGGAGUCACGGCCUCGUUCACCGCCUCUGUGGGGAGCCUCUUUCUCACAGCGAUAGACCGCUACAUCUCCAUCCACAGGCCUUUGUCCUAUAGGCGUAUCGUCACCAGGACAAAGGCAGUCAUCGCCUUCUCCAUGAUGUGGACUGUCUCCAUCAUCAUCGCAGUGCUGCCCCUGCUCGGCUGGAACUGCAAACGCCUGGGCACAGUGUGCUCGGACAUUUUCCCCCUCAUCGACGAAAACUAUUUGCUCUUCUGGAUUGGGGUGACCAGCGUGUUGGUCAUCUUCAUCAUCUACGCAUACAUGUUCAUCCUGUGGAAGGCCCACCAUCACGCGGUGCGUAUGCUCAGCCGCACCUCCCAGAAGAGCAUGGUCAUCUGCACCCCAGAGGGCACCAAGGUGCAGACCACCCGCCCGGAUCAGGCACGCAUGGACAUCCGACUGGCCAAGACACUGGUGCUCAUCUUGGUGGUGCUGAUCAUCUGCUGGGGGCCUGUGCUCGCCAUCAUGGUCUAUGACCUAUUCUGGAAGAUGGACAACUCUACCAAGACCGUCUUUGCAUUCUGCAGCAUGCUCUGCCUGCUCAACUCCACCGUCAACCCCAUCAUUUAUGCCCUGAGGAGCAGAGAUCUGCGGCAGGCAUUUCUGAGCGCCUGCCAAGUUUGCCGAAGUGCCGGCCAACCAUUGGAUAACAGCAUCGAGUCCGACUGCCAAAACAGGAGCACCAGUAUCGGUGCCAGCAGGGCAGCGGAGAGCUGUGUGAAAACCACUGUGAAAAUAGCCAAAGUGACCAUGUCCGUCUCAACAGACACAUCAGCAGAAGCUGUCUGAUGGCCUUCGUUGGACACUAGGCACGACAUUUUUAAUGUAAGAAGCCCAUCACAGCACCAACCCAAGGCCUAUCAUUCCAUGUAAAACUCAACUAAGGGGUUGAAAGAAUCGAAGGCGACAAGAGCAAAGUGUCACUGAAAGUCACAACUGAAUAAUUAAAUACAAUGAUGACUCACCAUUGGACGACGGCCUAAAUGUCUCAUCUGUGCCAGUCUAGUAUUUUUCCAGGUGUAUUUCUGUGUUUGCUGUAGUGCCAAAGUCACAACCUUAAUUUUACACUGACACUGAACAGCAGUGAAAAAAUGUUUCAGCCAUUGUAAAGUAAAUCUUUUUAAAUUUCUCAUUCACUUUAAUGUUGUAGUUAAUGGUGUUGGUAGAUUAUAAAAAUUCACGUAGGGUUACCGUAUUUUAAAACC